UAUUCAAAGAAGGCUAAGAAAGGUAAUUCAGAUGGAUGGUUGAUUCAAAAUGACUCAAAAGAACUUGCUAAUAUCAAAGAAGUGAUACUAAAUAUUGGAAUUAAAGUUAAAAGAAUGGUUCUAAAGCACUUAAAUAGUGUUGAAGAAGACUAA